UCCAACUACACAUGCACCCCUUAAUUACAGUUGGGUGAGAGCAUUAACCAUCUUCUAUUCUUCCACCUAAUAUUUUCCCAACUACGGAGUAGUUGUAUUUUGUUAUAAAUGAUAAAAUUGAAAGAAAACCAACAUUGUAGUUAGUAAAGUAAUCUUCCUACUUGUUGAUCUACAAAUAUAUAAUGUGUCACAUAAUUCUCUAACCAAACCCCAAACCCAAAUAAGCUACUACGUAAAAUAAUAAUAAUAACUCUUUCUGUUUCAAAAUAAGUCCAACGGUGUCUAACAUGGCACCGCCUUCAAGUAGUACAUCAACCACGGCGGAGGAGCAACGCCUGUUAUCGACCGAGAUCGUAAACCGAGGGACGGACACGUUCUCGGUGCGAGUAAGAAGACGGUUGCCGCUCCCGGAUUUCUUAAACUCGGUGAAUUUGAAGUACGUGAAAUUGGGAUAUCAUUAUCUUAUAAAUCAUGCCAUAUAUUUGGUAACAAUACCAAUAUUGGUGUUGGUGUUUAGUGCUCAAGUGGGUAGUCUAAGCAGAGAAGAGUUGUGGAACAAGUUGUGGAAUUAUGAUCUUGCAACUAUUCUUGCUUCUUUUGGGGUCUUCGUCUUUACUCUAUCUGUUUACUUCAUGUCUCGACCUCGUCCCAUUUAUCUUCUCGACUUCGCUUGUUACAAGCCUACUGACGAUCUCAAGGUGAGCAAGGAAGAGUUGAUUGAGAUGUCUCGUGAAUCAGGCAAGUUUGACGAGGACACAUUGCAAUUCAAGAGAAGGAUAUUAGAGUCCUCAGGUAUAGGGAACGAAACUUACGUACCAAAAUCGAUAGCGGCAAACCACAACAUAGCCACCAUGAAAGAAGGUCGAGAGGAAGCAUCGACUGUGAUAUUUGGAGCCCUGGAUGAACUCUUUGAAAAGACACGAAUUCGUCCUAAGGAUGUUGGUGUCCUAGUAGUCAACUGCAGUAUCUUUAACCCCACACCCUCUCUCUCGGCUAUGAUCAUAAACCACUAUAAAAUGAGGGGUAAUGUGUUGAGCUACAACCUUGGUGGAAUGGGGUGUAGCGCCAGUGUUAUAUCUAUUGACUUGGCUCGUGACAUGCUUCAGGCUAACCCAAACAACUUUGCGGUUGUGGUUAGUACUGAAAUGGUUGGCUUUAACUGGUACCAGGGUACUGACCGUUCUAUGCUUAUUCCAAACUGUUACUUUCGUAUGGGUUGCUCCGCUGUCUUGCUUUCUAACCGUCGUCGUGAUUUCCCUCGUGCCAAGUACCGCCUUGACCAUGUUGUUCGUACUCACAAGGGCGCUGAUGACCGCAGCUUCAGGAGUGUGUACCAAGAAGAAGAUGCACAAGGAUUCAAAGGCCUAAAGGUGAGUCGCAAUCUAAUGGAGAUAGGUGGAGAUGCACUCAAGACCAACAUAACCACUCUUGGACCGCUGGUGCUGCCUGUAUCAGAGCAGCUUCUGUUCUUCAGCACUCUAGUCAAACGCCACUUAUUUGGCGGAGGACAAAAACAUGAUAAUCAAAACACCAACAGCAGGAUUAGUGCUAGUUCUGGUACCUCUUCAUCAUCUUCAGGUACAAAGCCAUACAUACCAGAUUUCAAGCUUGCAUUCGAGCACUUCUGCGUGCACGCAGCAAGCAAGACAGUGCUGGAUGAGCUGCAGCGCAACUUGGAGCUGAGUGACACCAACAUGGAGCCAUCACGCAUGACUCUGCAACGUUUUGGUAACACAUCUAGCAGCAGCAUAUGGUACGAGUUGGCCUACUUGGAAGCCAAAGGGAAAAUUCAUUCAGGGGAUCGCAUUUGGCAGCUCGCUUUUGGCUCAGGCUUCAAGUGCAACAGUGCUGUUUGGAAGGCUGUCAGACGUAUUAGGAAGCCAAGCUCUAGGAAUCCAUGGCUUUCCUGCAUUGACAGAUACCCUGCACCCCUUUAAAUUUGGCAAAAUUACAGGAUCAAUUCAUCAUGCCUCUUUCAUCUUCUUCCGUUAUUGUAAUCUUCCUUUUUAGCAGAUCAAACAUCAAACCAUUAACCUUUGGUUAUGUAUUUUAGAAGCAUAUGUAUUAUUCCUUUUCAGCACAACUUAAUUCCUAAUUUCAUUCUAGGAUGCUUAACUGUA